AUGGAUACCCAAAUUGGUAAUUUCAUAUUCAUUACCGUAACAAUCGUAGUAAUCCUAGCUUUUCUGGGCAUCAAAUUGUUGGCAAACAAACUGUUUCAUAAAAAUGGAGUGAAAAAAUACCACCCUAUUGGUGGAACCAUGUUUCAUCACCUCCGUAACUUCAAGAAGCUUCAUCACUGCAUGACUGAUCUCGCUGCCAAGUACAAGACUUACAGAAUACUAACACCGUUUCGAAACGAGGUUUACACUUCGGAUCCUGCUAAUGUCGAGUAUAUCCUCAAGACCAACUUUGAUAACUAUGGCAAGGGGUAUUAUAACUAUGACAAUCUUAAUGAUCUAUUAGGCGAUGGGAUCUUUACCGUAGAUGGUGAAAAAUGGCGUAACCAAAGGAAAGUAUCAAGCCACGAGUUCUCUACAAGAAUGUUGAGGGAUUACAGUAGCAAGAUCUUCAGAACAAAUGCUGUGAAACUAGCAGAUAUAAUUUCCUAUGCUGCCAAUUCUGACCAAAUUAUGGAUAUUCAGGACUUGUUUAUGAAGUCGACGUUAGACUCCAUUUUCAAAGUUGCAUUAGGAGUUGAUCUAGACAGUAUGUGUGGCUCAAAUGAAGAAGGAAAGAAAUUUGGCCAGGCUUUUGAUGAUGCUAGUGCUUCAACCAUGUUACGAUAUGUAGACAUCUUCUGGCCGAUCAAGAAAUUUCUCAACAUUGGUGCAGAGGCUAAGCUUAAGAGAAGUGUCAAAAUUGUUGAUGAAUUUAAGUCUAUAAUCAUACUGGUUUACUGA